CUUCUAUCAAGAUGCAUAAAAACACCUCCAUAAAUGCCGAUCGGCUUUACCUUCCAAAUGAAAUAUGGACUAUAAUCGCAUACUACCUCCCUCGCAUGCCCGACCAGCCCAGAUGGCUGUCAUGGCGGAAAUAUCGAACAUUGAACUCGAUAUUUAAGAAAGAGGUUGAGGACUUUUAUAUCAAAGAAUAUCUGCAGCAUAUGUGCCUGAUGGUCGACACGGAGAAAUUCCAUACAACCUCUGAUCGACAGUACAUUCCGUUCAAGAAAGACUUUUUCUUCAGUCGCUUUGAGGGAAAUGAGAGUCAAACGGCUGUUAUGGCCAGUUCGGAGAUUGCGCUAAAUAUACCACACACGCCCAUGAUAGAUUCAGCCCUAGAAACCGAGUUAUCCAUGUUUCACGAAGCGGGCUACCAUCCCUUCAUGAUCAUGAGGUUUGCCAAUGGUUUGACGGAUAUGAUGCCAAUGGAUAUCGGAUGGCGUUAUAUCCAAGGCAAUCUGUGCUUUCGUUUCAACUGGCGAACGUACUUCUGCACAUUAUUUUAUGACCUUGAAUAUAUAGACGAGUGGAGUGACCUGCUAGAGAUCCGCAGCUGUGUCCGGUUAUCAGGGGAACUCGAUAACCACCCCUCCAUCGACUCUGAAAGCAUGACUUCACCCUAUGCCAUGUCCACCCUGAUGGAGGCAGCACGAACAACAGAAAUAGGCCAUGAUGGUCGGCUGUUAAUGGCUAGAAGAGACCGCCGAUAUCGACUAGGAGUCAGGUCAGGUCAAUUCCCCCGACACCCUUUCGGUGGUCCGACCAUCUUUUCUCGACGAUUUGAAAGGCUGGAUGAAGAUCGUGUUAUUCGUAAGCUGCAUGAGAGGCAAUAUGAGAUGAAUAGUGCUAGUGGGAGGGUAGUUGUUGAGUGGUAGAUACAUAGUAUGAGGCCAAUAUAUUAAUCAGUUGACAUGAAGGCUGGAUGGACCAUCUAGUGUUUAUCAAUCAUUUGCGUGGAUACAUAUGGUUGUCGAAAAGUGCAAUCUGAACGGUCUUUCAAUAAAAC